AAUGGGAGUAAAAGAGGAAGGUCAAGGACAAAAUGAAGUGGAGGUUGAAGAUCAGCACCACAAUUUCAAAAGUGAAGAAAAUUCUUUCAGUUGCUCACAGACUGAUGAGGAUUCACCUCAAGAAACAGAAGAAGCUAAAAUCUCAUUUCCAUGCCAUCCUUAUGGUGAGACUUUUUCACUACAUGGGCAUUCAAAUGUUCAAAUAAAGACUCACACAGGAGAAAUGCUUCAGUAUGAAAAGACUAGCACAAGUAAAAGCCACCUUUUGGAUCAUUUAUGUAGUCAUACUGGUGAGAAGAACUUUGCAUGCCCUUAUUGUGAUAAGUGUUUUAAACAACGAAGAAGUCUUAAUGUUCACAUAAAGACUCACACCGGAGAAAUGCCAUACAGCUGCCCUCAGUGUGAAACAACCUACAGAGAUAAAAGGCGCCUUAAGGAUCAUUUAGUGAGUCACACUGGUGAGUGGCCCUUUACCUGCCUUCAGUGUGAUAAGGGUUUUUUGCGCAAAAAUUAUCUUGAUGUUCACUUAAAGACUCACACUGGAGAAAAAACAAACACAAGUGAAAAGUCACUGAAAGAAUGUAAAAUAAGUCACACAGACCAAACGCCUUUCUCUUGUUCUCAAUGUGGAAAGAGUUUUACACAAAGACAAAACCUUAAUAGUCACAUGAGGAGUCACAGUGAUGAGGGGCCUUACACCUGUCCUCAAUGUGGGAAGAGUUUCACAACAAAAGCACAUUUAAAGAAUCACAUACGAGUUCACACUGGAGAGAAACCUUUCGUGUGCCCGCAGUGUGACAAGAGUUUUAAACAACGUGGACAUCUACAGAGUCACAUACGAAUUCAUACAGAUGAGAAGCCUUACUUAUGCGAUCUCUGUAAUAAGAGCUUUAGACAAAAAGAAUCUCUUAAGCAGCACAUGCGAGUUCAUACAGAUGAGAAGCCUUUCUCAUGCCAUCUGUGUGGUAAGAGCUUUAGACAUAAAGAAAAUCUUAAGCAGCACAUACAAGUUCAUACAAGUGCGAAGCCUUACUCAUGCCAUCUGUGUGAUGAGAGCUUUAGACAAAAAAAAAAUCUUAAGCAGCACAUACGAGUUCACACUGGAGAGAAACCUUACAAGUGCCCUCAGUGUGACAAGAGUUUUACACAACAAGGAGUUCUUAAGCAGCACAUACGAAUUCAUACAGGUGAGAAGCCUUACUUGUGCCAUCUGUGUAAUAAGAGCUUUAGACAAAAAGAAAAUCUUAAGCGUCACAUACGAUUUCAUACAGGUGAGAAGCCUUACUCAUGCCAUCUGUGUGAUAAGAGUUACAAAUGGGCACAAAGUCUCAAAAAGCAUCUGCUGUUUCACAAAAAUGGAGAAAACCCCUAAAAGUGUUCACAUUGUAUAAAGAGUUUUAUUGAGUCUGUGACGCUGAUAAAACACAAGUAUUUUUUAUUUUGGGGUAACAGUACUAGUAGAUUUCCGCUCAUUAAAUAAUUUGUUAAAGUCUUAUCUUCAUCCAUAUACUUAAAAUCUAAUUUUUGUUAAAUAUGGAUGUGAUGGAUAGAAAACUAAAAAAAUGUGUAACUAAAAUUAUUCACUUAUAAAACAGUGCUAAUCUGAAAGAUUACAAGCUAUCAUAACACUCAUGUAUUGACUGUCUUUUAGUGAUAUAGUUUUCAUGAAGUUUAAUUUAUUUAUUUUGUUAUGUGUUGUGUUUUGCAAAUGUGUAAUUAAACAUAUUUAUUUUACCUAUACAUUCACGAUUUGUAUAUUUACUUUGGUGAAGAUGAUAGUUGACUAAUUUCCUUGCAUUUCAAGAAUUUUGACAUAGAUUGAAUAAAGGGACCUUUAUUUUGCUUCUUGGAGCCUGCCGGGUGGUGACGUCAUAAGGGU